UUACGACACACUGGUCUCAAUGUAUAUCGGCGAAUCUUCUCGAUCGUCUUUGUCGCCAAUCUUGCAGGUUUGAUCGGCUUAUUGGCGGCCGGUCACUCCUCCAUCCUGACCCACAUGCCAUAUGCGGCCAACGCUGCAGCAGCCAACUUCCUAGUCGCAAUCCUGAUUCGCCAAGAUUACAUCUUCAAUAUGAUCUUUCGCGUUUGUCAACUGGUACCACUAUCCGCCCCACUACGAUUGCGUCGUAUACUCGCAAAAGUUUACGAGCAUGGUGGCAUGCACUCUGGAUGCGCUAUUGCCGGAACCAUGUGGUUCAUUCUCUUGACAGUCCUCAUCGUCGUCAAUUUCGAGACUGGUCGCAUCAUUCACACACCCCUGGUACCAAUCUUUACUGUUCUUCUCCUGAUCUGCUUCCUCGUGCUGUGUGUCUUUGCGCAUCCGGCCAUUCGUCACAGGUUCCACAACUCUUUCGAGUUUACCCACAGAUUUGCUGGCUGGUGCUCGAUCAUUGUCUUCUGGGUUGACCUUGUUCUCAUUGCCGACACUGUCCGUCUCCAGAACACCACUAGUCCUGAGCCGCUGGGUAUCGCUCUAGUGAAACUUCCUGCUUUCUGGUUUCUCAUCAUCAUGAGUGUGCACAUCGUCUUGCCAUGGCUUCGUCUCCGCAAGGUUGCUUUUACCGCCGAACGUUUGUCGGAGCAUGCUAUUCGCUUGCACCACAAGGAACACAUGGGUCCUUACCGGGGCAUCGCAAUUGCAGAAUCGCCUCUUGGUGAAUGGCAUCCUUUUGCAUGUUUCCCCGAUGGCGACGGUGUUAACAACAGUAUCAUGAUCAGCCACGCUGGUGACUGGACUCGCAGAACCAUUGACAACCCCAAGUCACACUAUUAUGUCAAGGGUGUUCUCAAGACCAAUGUCUUGAAUAUGGCUUCCAUCUUCAACCGUGUCCUUCUCGUCACCACCGGCACAGGCAUCGGUCCUGCUCUUUCAUUUGUCGCCGAGCCUAGCCGUAAAGGUCAAUGCCAGGUCUUGUGGGUGUCAUCGUCUCCUGAAAAGACUUUUGGUCAACCCUUGAUUGACUGGGUGUAUACUCUCAAUGGCAACGCAGUUGUCUGGGACUCGAAGAAAGACGGCCGUCCUGACAUGGUUGCACUGACGUUGCGGUUGUACAAGGAGAUGAAUGCUGAGGCUGUCUUUGUUGUGAGCAAUCCCAAAUUGACCAAGCAAUUGGUCUAUGGGUGUGAGAGCCGUGGUAUCCCGGCAUAUGGACCUAUCUUCGACUCCUAG